CUCUCGGCUCGCCGCGCCCGCCUGGUGUCGGAGGACGGCCGCCAGCAUUUUCGCUUCGACCGCGCCAGCGGCCGCCUCGUCGUGGCCGACAGGCUGGACCGGGAGCAGCUGUGCGGCCAGGCCGACAUCUGCACGCUCCCCUUCGAGCUGCUGCUGGCCGACCCGCUGCAGUUCUUUCGGGUCGAGGUCACCGUCGAGGAUAUCAAUGAUCAUUCGCCGGUUUUCCCUGCUGAACAAGUGACUUUUAAAAUCCCUGAAACGAGCGACCCGGGCUCUCGUUUCCCUCUAGAGGUAGCUCGGGACUUUGAUGUUGGCAGCAACAGUGUUCAGGCAUACAGUAUUGCUCCCGAGAACGAGUACUUUAGCGUCUCAUAUCAGAGUGGGAUUAGGGGUAAGAAAUAUGUUGAACUUGUUUUGGAAAAACCCCUAGACAGAGAGGAGCAGGCAGAGAUGGAUUUCAGUGUGAUUGCUGUGGAUGGGGGCUCUCCUCCCAGGAGUGGGACCACCCAAAUUCACAUUACAGUUCUGGAUGCAAACGACAACUCACCCGUCUUCACACAGGAGGAGUAUGAUGUGCAGGUGUUAGAAAACGCACCAGAGGGUUCUGUGAUUCUGAGUGUGUUGGCAACUGACAAGGAUACUGGCAGUAAUGGGGAAAUCUCUUAUUACUUUAGCGAAGGAAUGGGUCAGAGCAACUCAGCAUUCGAGAUUGAUUCUAUAACGGGUGAAAUUAUACUCUCAAACCCUCUGGACUUUGAGGCAGCACAGACCCACGAGCUCAGCCUGAGGGCCACAGAUGGUGGGGGGCUCUCGGCAAUCUGCAAGGUGUUGGUGGAGGUGUUGGAUGUGAAUGACAAUGCACCCGAGCUGCUGGUCAGUUCCUUCAGCAGUCCCCUCGCCGAGAACUGUGUCUGCAGAACAGUUCAAUCGUCUUUCCUUUAACUAGCACAGGGUCAGCACAGGCAGAGGCUUCAUGCCUCGUGGUAGGGAGGGAUGCAGCCUACAGUAAUGGUUCUUCCAGAAGAAAUCUCUACUUGCAAUUGGCAUAACAAAAUUCUCGAAAAUUUUAAGUCAAGGAAUGCCUGUGUUCCCCUAAAGUAAACAAGGAAACAGAAGAAAGGGAACCAAAGCUCUUUCACUCAGACAUUCAUGUUUCAGGUCUGUUAAGGCUGUUCCUUAUAGGCUUUAGGAAUGCAGUUAGCUCUCCCAGCUGAGCUUUUGUCUCUCUUGCUAUCAGACAAGACUGUGGACACUUAAUUCUGUUCUGUAAUAGUGUGGCACAGAAAAUGGGACAGACAAACUUCAUCAUUGCUGAAAUGCACAAAGACCUUUUCCCAGCUCAGGAAAAUGAAGAAGUUGUCACUGCAGAGUCAC